CCUUUGUGACACAGCGCAUGCGCACUUUCCCCACUGUCAACCUCGUGAAGCGGUCAAAAUGUCGUCGCCACCACCAGCCAAAGUAAGGAAAGAAGAGACGAAAAACAACGGCCAAAAUGUCGCCGAAGUGGACGAAGAGGAUGUCAAUCAGAUGGCCGUGGAAGCCAUCGACAGCGUGCAGAGCGAGAUCGACGCGCUGAACGAGCAGGCCAGCGAGGAGAUCCUCCAUGUGGAGCAGAAGUACAACAAAUUGAGGAAGCCGCACUUUGACAAGCGGGCCGAGAUGAUCAAGAAGAUUCCUCACUUCUGGGUCACGACCUUCUUACACCAUCCUCAAGUGUCGAUGUUAUUAGAUGAGCAGGACGAGGAGGCACUGCAGUAUCUGACCAAAGUGGAGGUGCAGGAAUUUGAAGAUAUCAAGUCAGGCUACAGAAUCUUAUUUCAUUUCAAACCUAACAAUCCGUAUUUUGAGAACGAAGUAAUAUACAAGGAAUUCCACCUUAACGAUUCAGGGGACCCAUCAUCAAAUUCGUCGACCAUCAAGUGGAAGCCGGGAAUGGACUUGACCAAGAGAAACACAGCCGUCCAGCAGAAGGGCGUGGCCCAGAAGAGGCCGCACGGCGACAGCGAGAGCUUCUUCUGCUGGUUCAACGACCACACAGAUGCCGGGGCAGACGAACUGGGCGAGGUCAUCAAGGACGACAUCUGGCCUAACCCGUUGCAGUACUUCCUGAUUCCCGACGGGAAGGAGGAGGGCGACGAGGACAGUGAGACAGGAGAUCUGGACGACAUCGCAGAGUAUGGCGAAGACGACGACGACGAAGAAGAUGAGGAAGAAGAGGACGAGGGGGAGGAUGAUGAGGGGGAGGAGGGGCUAGAAGACUUUGAGGGGGAGGGGGAUGAAGAAGAAGUACCCGAAGAUGAAGAGGACGAAGAAGGUGACGCCUAAGACACUCUUGUUUUUUUAGCAGCCCAGCAACACUUACCAUAGAAACGCAUCAUCGUCGUCAACAACACCGCGAUCACAAGGAGUUGUACAUUCAUCCACCAUUUCUACCGACAAACUAGGGAAGAGACAAAACCUGUAUAAACUUUGCCACACACUGUCUUUGUCUUUUGGAUGGGAUGGGGGGGGGUUUCUUUCACGUAACACGGUAUUUUGCUGUUGUCUUUAAACUUGUAAUAUUUCUUUGUUAGUGACUCCUCUGUAUCAUCCACGAUUGAUUUGAUAUCCUGGACUCAAGUGAAUGUAGUAGUAAGAGAUGCUGUGCUCCUGUUUUUUCGUCUCUUUCUAUUUUUUUUUUUUUUUAGGACCCCAAAGGAUUUUUAAUUCGUGACAAGCAGGUUUGAGUUCGUGAUUGACUUUAGACAGUGCUGGAAUUUUUCCCACGCCUUUGGGACAUCAUUGAUUUUUUUUUUUUUUUUUUUGUGUAAAGUACAAAUGCAUUUUGAUAAUUCACGGAUGGUACUUUUCCUGUUAACCUGAUGGCUUUUUCCCACACCCUACUGGAAUUGAGACUAAUCUUGUAUGUUUGGUGCUACAUUACACUCCAAACUGGUCUUUUUUUUCCUGCCUUUUGGAAAGACAAAGUGUCUGUCUUAACAAGGAAAAGUAUCGUCCUUUUAUUUCUUUAUUGUUUUUUGUUUUGUUUUUCAGCUGUUAAAAUAUUACAUGUAAUAGUAUUUGUAGAUAAAGUAGAUUCUAGAAUAAACAUUCCUCGGUGUUAACUACGUGUGGGGCUCAUACAAACCCUAGGAAUUUGUUGGCAUUUAAAUGCUUUGUACUGACAUUUUCCUGAGGUAAAAUGCCGGACACUGCGACAACUGGUAAUGAAGACAGUGGACCCCAUUUAAGGAGUGGGCUCCAGUUCCAACAAAUGAUUUUCUUAGCAUCACUGAAAGCAUUUAAGAGGUAAAUCGAUCCUCGCUCGGGAAAAUGUGGCCGAUGCACUUCAAGAACGUGUAAUUUGAAAUCUUUGGGGUCAGCUGUCGUUGGUGAUUAAUGUAUGGCGUACUUCCCUUCUUGUUUUUUCUUUUUAGUAGCACUUUUUUGGUAUGUUUUGCGUACAUUAAUUUCAACCUCAGUCCAAAUUCUAUCCCCGUAAGUGUAACGGAAGGCAGAGGAGGGGCAAGAUUAAACUGUGUCGGUGUCCUUUUUUUUUUGUUCUGUACAAUUGGAGGUUUUUCUAUAGAUUCUCCGUCGUAGAGUGCGAUGCACAUUUUUUUGUAAUUUGAGAGAAAAAACUUAAUUCCAAAAUAAAGUUGGGUUUUCGUGAUCGUCAAGGAGACAAGUGUUAUCAAGGUAGUGAUGCAUUCGGGAGUCGUGUCUCGUUGGCAAGGUUGUCCUAAGCGGUUCCUGUGAGGUUUUUAAGAGCUCAGCAUUUGAUCAUAAAUGACAUACCUAAAGCCAACUGAAAGUGGAUAGGUGGCCUUGAAGCAUGAUCCAUUUUUGGAGGUAUGAGAGCCUGGUAACCGUAACAAGAUGACUAGUACAGUGUUUCUUUGCACAGGCAUCCAGACCACAAAUUGGUUGCCACAAAUUGAGCAGGUUUUGGCUGUAACUUUUGAAGUCGCAGCCGGUAGUGAAAACACACCUAAUAACGAGAGAGCCAUACCCACCAACAAAACACUGGCUUUCCCACACGCACGCCACCAUUGUAGACAUUUGUCGUAGAACCAUUUGUACCCAGGAGUGGCUUGUGACAUAAUUAUCCAGUUCGUUAUAGUUAGUGAAUCGCAGAGGUCAUUUGCCCAAUUCUUAACAUCUGCCUCAUCAAGCCCUUGCACAAAUUGGAAAGAGAAUCGCAUGGUACGGGCCAUAGUAGCAAAAUCACAUUUCUGUCUUCAUUAUUCCUUGAGAAAUCAGCUAUUACGUUGAAAUCAAACGUCUCAGCAAAAUUCAGCUCAGUUUUCUUCUGUAGCCCAAACCAUCGCUCUGUCAUCAGUGACAUGCCUAACACUCACUCUACCUCCUCAAGAUUUUAUUGGCAAAUUGCUUCAAUGAAAAAAAAAAUUGAUGAUGUCUUUUUGAAUAAUUGAAUGCCCUUUGGCCCGUCAACUGAACCCACAAUUGAAAGAAAUGUGAAAAAAAGAAAACGGAAUUUAAAAAAAAAUUGUGUGUAAAUAUGGUGACUUAUUACUAAUGCUUAAGUUGCGUUAUAAACUUUAAUAUUGGGGUCAUGUUCCUUUACAUGCCUACACUUUUGUCAACAUUUUGAUGGGAGGAUUGUCUGUUACAUUCUCUGUGCGUUCGGUCGAAUAAAUACUUGGAAAGCGUUAAACCCACA